AUGUCAAGCCAGUUUGAAAAAAUAAUAACUGAAUACCUAUGGGAUGGGCAGGGAAAGAAUGCGUUCGCAGUGUGGUGGGAUGCGUAUGGACUAUCACAGAAAUACAUCACACGUUCUAGAAGCCGUGGAGAACAUAUAAGCCAUGUUAGCAAAAGUGUACCGACCUUUUCGUCGGCCUUGAUCAUUCAACUAGCUAUUUAUGCAUUGUUUGUCGAAAGCCAACCCCGUUUAGCGGAAGAUUUGCUUUUUCUUUUGGACCUUCAAAACGGUUCAGCAUCGACUGCCACCACUAGUGACCCGACACGUGAGGGAAAGAUUAAUAAAGCUUACAUAAACCAAUCCUUAUUUCGGCAUUUGGAUAUCAGAAUAAACGAGAUGUCGAAGUACCAAAUUAUUUCCCUGUGGCUCCAUUGUGAAUGCCGACUAGCAUGUUUGCGUGGCAUGGAUGACAACUGGACAAGACAAACUGAAAAGCUCAAUGGGAAUUAUAACGUAGGAGAAAGAAGCCAAUCUAGCAUCACCAUCGAGCGUGCAAUUUGCAGCUCUAACAAAGAUGGUCUGUUGAUGACAGAAACCAAAGAAAUAGAGCACAAAGAAGUCUUGGCAGCGUGCUGCGCAGUGCUUGAAUUCCUCAUAAAAUGGCUUUUGCAAGACUUAGCAUACUUUCAUCCCUCAAAGGAAGUUUAUGCUUCCGAGUCAGACAUCUCGUCAUCAGGGUCCUUAGCCUAUUUUGAAACUACUCCCUUAGAAACACACCCGAAGCUACCGGCCUCCGUAUUAAUUGUAUUUCUUUUAAUUCAGAGUGUUCGUGACUUUCUGGAGAAAUCAAACUACAAAAAAAAGGUGGCAAUGAGGAAUCAAAAGGUAAUAGAAUUGGACAAGUCUCAGCCCUCUCAGAGCAAUUUACUCAAUGCUAUAUACCGCGCAGUUACUCUUUGGAAGUAUGGAAAGCGCUGA